AUGGACCAAACUUUAACAAUAAACAGUGAAUUACAUUCAACUGACAAUGAUAAAUCUGAAAAAAGAAUUACUUCACAAGAAACAGUACCAUUUGUAGAAGUUCGAACAUCAAAACGAAAAUGCUCUAGCAAUCGUCGUCAGAACGAAGAAGAAAAAUGGGAGACAGGUUGUGGGAAUGAUAGUAUACUUAUAACAUUUGAUGAGUUACCAUCUCUAACAGCUGUACCAAAUGGGUAUAAGAGUAUUAAUUGGAAUAAUGCAUAUGUUUUCAUCAACUCUUAUAAUAUAAGUGGAUUUCAGACAGGCACUGUCAGUCCAAAUUGUACAUCACAUAACGCUUAUGGUAAUCCAAUGAGAAUGACAAACCUUGAUGGUACCCUUUUUACUUUACAUUCUGUUGCAAUGGCUUCAGCAUGGAAAGAUAAUUUACAAUUAAAUGUCGUUGGAUAUCGUUCAAAUGUGAUCAUUGCAAAUAAUACUUAUAUAAUUCAAGUCUUUUUGUUAUCUAAUAUAACAUUUAUUGGAUAUUCUAAUUUAGACACAGUUGUAUUUUCAACAUCAGGUGGAACACGAAAUCCAAAUGUCUCGGAUGAUGGUACGCAUUAUGCAAUGGAUAACCUCUGUAUUAGUGUUAAAUGA